UAAGCUCUCGAGGAGUCAGUGAAGGCAGCAGCGGGCUGUCAGCUGUGGAGAGGGAAGGUGUGUUUAGUUGGAGUGGGGUUUCGGGAGCGCUGUAUCGUUUCACUCUCGCUGGCGCGUUGCCUCGCCUUUUGUUUGAUCAAACUCGUGUAUUUACCCGUUCCCCCCAUUUUACGCGGAUACACGUUUGAAGGAAAAAACCGUUUAUGGUCCUGGCUGAAGACUUCACGAUGUCUCGUACCGACGAGGUUCACCGUUUGACGGAAAAUGUCUACAAGACCAUCAUGGAGCAGUUCAACCCCUGCUUACGGAACUUUGUUGCCAUGGGGAAGAACUAUGAGAAGGCCCUUGCCAGUGUGACAUUUGCUGCCAAAGGCUACUUUGAUGCUCUGGUCAGAAUGGGGGAACUGGCCAGUGAGAGUCAAGGAUCCAAAGAUUUGGGGGAUGUGCUGUUCCAGAUGGCUGAAGUCCACAGACAGAUACAAGUGCAGCUAGAGGAGAUGUUGAAAUCAUUCCACAACGAGCUGCUCUCUGAGCUGGAGAAGAAGGUGGACCUGGAUAGUCGUUAUCUGACUGCUGCCCUGAAGAAAUACCAGAUGGAGCACAAGAACAAAGGGGAGAGUCUGGAGAAGUGCCAGGCUGAACUGAAGAAGCUGCGCAGGAAGAGCCAGGGCAGCAAGAACCCCUCGAAGUACGGAGAGAAGGAAAUGCAGUUUGUGGAGACCAUCAGCAGUAAGCAGACUGAGCUGGACACCUUCAUCGCUGAGGGGUACAAGACAGCCUUGUCUGAGGAGCGCCGCAGGUACUGCUUCCUAGUGGACCGCCAGUGUGCCGUGGCCAAGAACAGCAGCGCCUACCAUGGCAAGGGUAAAGACCUUCUGACUCAGAAGAUCCCAGUGUGGCAACAGGCUUGCUCAGACCCAAACAAGCUGCCAGAGAGGGCAAUGCUCCUGGCCCAGCAGAUGGGCUCUGCCUCCCUCGGGGGUGCAAGCCCCCUGCAUACCUCUAAAUCCAACUUGGUCAUCUCGGACCCUAUCCCCGGGGCCCAGCCUCUUCCUGUGCCCCCAGAGCUGGCUGUUUUCAUGGGCAGUGGCAUGGGACACCCAGCGAGGCUGAUGGGCCCCGAUGGUAUGUCCAUGGUAAAUGGAACAACAGGAGUCCACGGGGAGGAAUAUUGGACGGAUGGAGGGACUAUAUCCGUGUCCCAAGUUAGGCCUUCAUCCCCUCAGACCCAGGCGCAGGGCCAGUCCCAGGCUCAGCCCCAGAGACAGGUCAGCGAUGUCUACUCCAACACCCUCCCUGUCCGCAGGCCUGCCCCCGCCAAGAAUAAGAACCCCGUGGGAGAGACACGCACCCUGCCCAGGUCCAGCUCCAUGGCAGCAGGCCUGGAAAAGAAUGGGCGUGCCCGUGUCCAGGCCAUCUUCUCCCACGCUGCGGGUGACAACGGCACCCUGCUCAGUUUCUCUGAGGGAGAUAUAAUCACCCUACUAGUGCCUGAGGCCCGUGAUGGCUGGCACUAUGGGGAGAAUGAGAAGAACAAGAUGCGUGGCUGGUUCCCAUUCUCCUACACACGUGUGGUGCCUGAAAGCGAUAAUGAGAAGCUCAAAGUGAACCUGCACCAUGGGAAAAGUAGCAGCACAGGCAACUUGUUGGAGAGUGAUGCAUCACUGCCCACACCUGACUAUGGGCUGACUGCCCGACUGCUGGCACAGAGCCUAGCACAGACCCGCCCACGCCCCUACAGCAUGGCAGGCUUUGGCACACAGCCUGCUAUUGAGGAUUAUGACGGACGCUUUGCCACAAGUGACCGUUCCCUGGAGGUCUACCUCCGGCCCACCUUCACCGAUGACCGAUCUGCGCCUAUCUUCUACUAGCGGCCUGCUGCCCCCUUUUGUCCACUUUUUAAAGGGGAGAGAGAAAAAUGGCCAAAAUUGGCAUGUUUGAGUUGUAUAUUAUCACAAGAGGUCCCACACUGCUAAGAAUUUAGUUUCUUUGCCAUGAAAAUUCACUCUGAGAAUUUUCGGUUAAUCCUUGGGAUGUUUUUGCAAACGCUUUCACAGAUGUUGAAUGUCUCAGCCUGAACAUUCAAUUGCAAUUGUGAGAGUAGAUUUUAUUAGUUAUUUAGAUCACACCAGUUGUGGAUAAGGUAUGGCUAAUAGGUUUUUACAAGUAAUGCAGUGGAAUUAUUAUUUAUCUGCACUUCUACUAUGGGAUUUGUUUUGUUCUUCAACACUAUACACUGUCAAAUUCAUUUGAGGAUUAUUUGCAUUAACGAGCUGUUUAGGUGAGGCUUGGGGGUGAAUAAGACUAUCCACAGCAGUUGUCAGUGCAUCACUUUAACAUGCACCGACGUGUUGAUUGGGUACUGCCACAAAUAGCUAGUCUAACUGGUCAGCUGGGGAAAGUAGGAUUCUGCUUUUGUUAAGUGAUAUAGUACUAUAGAUUUACUAGUUGUGAUACAGUAUACCCAUAUUUUCAAUGUGGGGACUGUGCCUUCUAUUUAUUUUUUUUAAAACAUAUCCUUCAUGCAGCAUUGACCCAAUUGUUCUGUAAACUGGUUUGAGGGCAUAUGCAUCACAGUUCAACUUGUAUUUUUAUAUUCCUGAAAAUAUAGGUAGGAUUGUUUCCCUUUUUGUUUGCUUGUAAUGUCAGGACUUGUUUUUGCUUAGCGAUCUCCAGUACAGUGCACUUCCACCAACAUAAUACAAGAAUAUUUUCACUAUUUUUUCCUUUUCUUUAAAUUUCAGUAAUAUCUAAGCUGCCAGAUAUGAAGCCAAGCAAUGAAAUACAGUGCAUAUAUAUAUUGGGGCUUUUAAAAAUAUAUAUAUAUAUAUAUUUAGCUUUGAGGGAGUGGUAGCUUAUCAGAUAAGGUACAGUAUUAACAUAGCUUUUCAUCGUUCAUUCUCAGUAUUAUACACUCAUCUGGGAGAAAAGCUUAGAGCAGAGGCAAUUAUCUACAGUAUGAUGUGUCGGAAUAGAAGUGGAACCGUAUGUGAUUAAAAAUAAAUAGUGUGUGGUUGUGUGAAUGAGCUAAAAUGCCUCUUAGAUUGCAAUAAAUCAAGUUACAUUGUGAAAAGUCCAUUUUCCAUGGAUGAGAGUUAAAUCACGAAAAGUUAGUUUUCCAUGGGUGAGUUCUUUACACUGAGUGAUAUGAUCAGGCUUUUAUUACACAACUCAUUGGCAGCAAGUUUCAAAUGCAUUUUUUACUUUUAUAUAGCUUUCAUUGUGUCUAUUUCUCACCUUUGUCCCUGUUUGUAUUAUAUCUGUACUGUACAGAAAGUGCAUAUAAAUUAUCUUGUCCAAAAUAAAUCUAAAUGGGCAGAAACUUCA